GCCCGCCAGCUUUGAAACCUUGCGAAGAGAAUCAUAUAGAGAGCGACGGUUUCUUUCUGAAAUGUAGCUCUCAUGCCACCGUGAGCUCUCGUCUUGAGCAGCUCUGUGCCGUAGGUAGGUUUGUGGUUCUACCUGGCACAGCGUUAACGGUCGCCGCUGCAUUUUACGAGCAGCGUUUGUGGAGUCGGUACGUUGGUCGCUCUGCGAAAGGUUCGUCGCUUAUAGCGUUGAUGUCGUGGCGCUUUUUUCGUGCCUUUCACACACGGCGGCUACAAUAAAAGCAAAGCGCCCACACACACCAACACCACACGGAGUCCUCUGACAUUUUCGUGAACGUGAUUCUCGGGCAAGUAAAAUCGUGCCGAAAGGGUGUAGAACCACGGUUGAGCCUGCUGAAGUUUCGGAUUCAACCGCAACCCUUGCCAACGGUGUUUACCACCUCGUCGUCUCGGUUGCUUUAGGUUCGGGGCGCUAUCCAUCGAGAGUUGCAUACUGCUGAUUAUAAAAGUGCUGUUGAUGGUGAUCGCCUGGUGAAAACGUGAACGCAGUGUAAAUACAGAACCACACAUCCGAUUCACCGCAUAUUCGUGGUGCCAAAAAGUUAAGACAACAAGUGUGUUCGCUGAAACCUAAAGGCACCGUUAAAGAGUGUAAAAAUACAGCAAAAUGCGGCUUGUGUGUGGAGUGCCGAUUGACGCGUUUUCGCGACGAUUGUUGCUCAUUUCGCUACCAAUGUUGCUGCUGAUUGGCUCCAGCAGUGGUGCCUCAGUUACCGACCACGAUCGAGUGGUGACGUGCUACAUCUCAACCUGGGCCGUGUACCGUGAAGGAACCGCGUCCUACGCCCUGGAUGCGUUCGAUCCGACACUCUGCACUCACGCUAUCUAUGCCUUUGCCGGGUUGGACGAGCAGAAUAAUGCCAUUAAGUCGUUGGAUGCAUGGCAAGACCUGAAGGACAACUACGGUAAGGGAGGUUACGAGAAGUUGGUGGGCAUGCGGACAGCCAAUCCCCAUCUGAAGGUGCUGUUGGCCAUUGGUGGUUGGAAUGAGGGCUCGGAAAAGUACUCCAACUUAGCCGCUAACCCCGAAAGGCGCCAGGCGUUUGUAAAGAACGCCCUGGACUUUGUUAAGCAAUAUGGUUUCGAUGGGCUCGAUCUGGACUGGGAGUAUCCCACGCAGCGCGGUGGCAAGCCGAUCGAUCGCGAGAAUUUCGUCGCCCUUGUCCGCGAACUGAGCCAACUGUUCAAGCGGAACAACCUGCUGCUUACGUCGGCUAUCGGUGCCGGUAAGGAUACGAUCGAUUCGGCGUACGAUGUUAAGGCCCUAUCCAAGUACCUGGACUUUCUGCAUAUUAUGUGCUACGACUACAAUGGCAGCUGGAAUCGCCGGGUCGGUCCGAAUGCACCCCUCACCAGCAAGGACUUCCUGAAUGUCGAAUACUCGAUCGAGCACCUGCUUAACCUCGGAGCCCCAGCCAGCAAGCUCGUCCUCGGAUUGCCCUUCUACGGGCGUACCUUCGUUAGCGCUAUGGCACGAGCCCGGCUGGGUGAUGUGGCCAACGAGGUCGGCUUCCCCGGUCCGGCAACCAAGGAGAACGGUUUCAUGGGCUACAACGAGAUCUGCGAGGAGUUGAGGCGUAAUCCGAGCGACUGGACGUUGACCUGGGACGUUGCAGCGGCUGAGAUGGUAGCGACCAAAUCGAAUGACACCGCGUCGCAGGUGGUAGUGUACGACAGUACGCGCUCAAUCGCCAAUAAGGUUCGGUUCGCGGUGCGUCAGAAGCUGGCCGGUUUAAUGGUGUGGUCCGUCGAUACGGAUGACUUCAAUGGGUUGUGUGGACCGGAGACAGACACGUACGUCGAUUUCGGUGAUCGGGAAAAGGUGGAGCUUACUAUUCCGCCGCCGGUCAGUGGCAAGUACCCGUUGCUAAAGACGAUCAGCAACGCGGUCAUCGUCGCACUGGAUGAGCUCACUCAGGAGAACGUCAUUCCGGAUGUACAGGAAGUGAGCAAACCUGGUGCUGGUUCUUCCACCGGUUCAUCGGCCACUAUUGUGACCAAGCUAUCUGGUAUCGCUUUUAGUGUCAUGCUACUGUUGGCUACUGCUGCUACGUACAGCUUUUGAGCAGCUAUUUAACAAUUCUAGCGUUUAGCAUCGGUCUUUAAAAGCGGAGAAGUGUGGUACAUAUGAUGUAAUUAAAGUAAUCUUUUAACAUAAUGGAAAAAACGCUGUAAAAGGACU